AGCCUUCAGCUCCUCCUCACCCCCUUUAGUGAAACUGACUCACUGCUGCUAAUUUAAUUCCUCUGCCUCAUUCCAAGGAUUCCAGAGGAAAACUGUCACCUUUCCAAAAUACCACGCAGGCCUGUUGCUCCUCUGCGCACACCAUCACGUUCCAGUUCUUCCCAUUUCCAAUCCCAAGAAGUGGGCAGGAACCUCUUGGAUGAGUCAAAAUUAAUCCUCGUGGUGAAGAGUUUUGAUUCUCUUUCUUCACACACACCCCGCCACUUUUUUUAAAAAAAAGCAAAGUUCAGGGAAAGUUUCUCCUUUAUUCCCUCUUUUUUUCCCCUCCACUAGCGCGCACAAAACCAGCCUCUUGGGUUUCAUCUGAAAGUAUUCCUCCUGACACCGUAGAGCCUGGCAGCUGGGGAGAGGGGGGCAGCCCCUCCAGGGAGAUGGGGGAUGCUGGGGAGAAGGGUCUGGACAACGAUGCAGAAGGUGUCUGGAGCCCCGAUAUUGAACACAGUUUCCAGGAGGCACUGGCAAUUUACCCACCCUGCGGGAGGCGCAAAAUCAUUCUUUCGGACGAGGGGAAGAUGUAUGGCCGCAACGAACUCAUUGCUCGCUACAUUAAACUGAGGACAGGGAAAACACGGACAAGGAAACAGGUCUCCAGCCACAUCCAGGUGUUGGCACGGCGGAAAACCCGCGAGAUUCAGGCCAAGCUCAAGGACCAGGUAGCAAAGGACAAAGCGCUUCAGACUAUGGCAGCCAUGUCUUCUGCUCAACUCGUAUCUGCCACAGUCCUCCAAGAAAAACUGGGCCUGUCAGAACCCCACUACCCACCCAGCACCACCUCCACAGAGUUCUUCCAGUUUUGGGCUGGGGAUGCAAACCAACCCUGCAACACCCCAGACAUCAAGCCCAUCCUCCAAACACCAUACCCCAUCCCAGUCACAGCACCCACAGCUGCCCCAGGUUACCACACACCCCCAGGGAGACUCUCCCGACUCCCUAAUGCUACCUCUUGGCAGGGAAGCCACAUCGGUACGGAAACACUUCGACUGGUGGAGUUCACCGCUUUUAUGGAGCGGCAGGGCGAACAAGAUGCGUGUAAGCAGCAACACCGCUUUGUGCAUAUUGACCCAACGCCCACCUCUGAUUCACCCCUGGAGAUGGUGGACGUACGACAAAUCUACGACAAAUUCCCCGAGCGGGGAGGUGGGCUGCGAGACCUGUAUGACCAAGGGCCUCCCCACGCCUUCUUCUUGGUCAAGUUCUGGGCUGAUCUGAGCUUUCCCCUCCUUGAAGAAGAACCAGUGGGCACAGGAGGGGCCUUCUAUGGGGUGAGCAGCCGAUACGAGGGCCCACGGGCUCUGACUCUCAGUUGCACCUCCAAGGUCUGCUCCUUUGGCAAACAGGUGGUGGAAAAACUGGAGACGGCUGAGCCUCCCCACUGGGAAGAUGGACGCUUUGUUUUCCGGCUGCAGCGCUCACCACUCUGCGAGUACCUCAUCAAUUUUAUCCGCAAACUGCGAACACUGCCAGAAAAGCCAAUGAUGGAUAGUGUGCUUGAGAACUUCACCAUCCUGCAGGUUUUGCGGGAUCAAGAAACUCAGGAGUUACUACUAUGUGUGGCCUUUGUGUUUGAGGUGUCUGCCAGCGAGCGGGGAGCGCAGCACCACAUUUACCGGCUGGGCCGGGACUGAUGAACAACUUUUAUCCACCACCCUGCUGAAAAACAGGCUACCCGCCUGCUCUUAUCCCACCAGGAGACCUACAGCCUGGUGAAUGAACUGCUAUGACAACUGCUGAGCCUCCAAUGAUUGUGGCUUAUCUGUCCCAUGGCAAUCACAGCUACACCCAACAACUGAUUUUUUCCAAUGGAUAUCCUUUUGUCUCUCUCUGUCUCUCUGAUGGCCACAAAACUAGGCUCAAAGCCCAAGCCCAGAACAACUGCUGUUAUUCAGUGGAUGAUCUCAUAACCAUGGCAACCGCAUUGUUCUGCUGCAACCACAGAGCCGUCAAGCAGUAAUACUUAUGAAAGGGCUGGCUUCCCCCCCCCCCCCAGUCAAGCAGUAGUCCCUUGUGCUGUGUGAACAGGAGUUAACCUCUAUUCUACAAGUGUCAUUACAGACCUUCCCCAACAACCUUUCCCCUCAUGAUUGCAUGGCUGGGAUUCCGCACACUCCAUUGUCACAAGAUGUGGCAUUUCCUACUACUGCUGUUUUUAUAAUCAGGCCAGAGUUUGAUGUAACUUACCUGUGUGAAUGAGGUGUAAGCUGUAAACCUGUGUCUUGGCUAUACCACUUCACCUGGGGGGAGGGGGUGUUCCACAUGAUAAGACUCCUCCAUACAAAAGCUAGUUUUCUAUGUGCAGGGUUUUUGGUAUGAAGGAGCGUCAUCAGAUGAGCUUCUUGGAGUCUCUGGCAGUACACCCAGAAAUCAGUCUCUGAUGGUUGAGAGUACUAGGCCUAAUUUGGUGUUGCUUCAAACAAUGUCCACAGAAACAAGUCCUAUUGUAGAAUUCAGUGGCGCUUACUCCCACAUAAGUGAGGUUAGGAUUGCAGCCUAACUCCCUGUCUCAUUGGCAGUGGAGGCAUAUUGCCUCCCAAGAGAUUUGGGCUUCAUCUACCCAUGCAGCAUAGUGAGGUAACAGAAGGGCUGGUGUGGCCUGCAAAUGCUACAAACCACAGGCAGGUGAUACUGUUUUUAAUUCCUAGGCAUAAACUCCUUGCAAGAGUAGCAGCAACCCCAGAGAGAAAAGUUCUACUGCAGCUCUCUCUCUGCAGUGUCCAUUUUCUGCUUACAUAGUUUUAGAUAGGGAAGCACUCAAAUCUAAUUUCCCAGACUUAUAUUUGAGCUGAAAAUAACAGAAAAAAGGUUCUGUACUACCAUUGUAGGUAGUAGUUGAGGGCCACACUUCCACAGCAUCAAUCUGUUGGGGGCCACAUACCAGUGCCCUUCCCUGUCAUUUCCAUGAAAUUAGGACAAAAGCUGUAAUUUGCCCACCUGCUUGGGAAGGGGCUGUAGAGCACACACUUCUCAUGCAGAAAGUGUCAGGUUCAAUCCCUAACAUGUCCAGAUGAGUCAGGGACCCGUCUUAAACCCCAGCUCACUGCUGCCAGUCAGCUUGCACAAUACUGAGCUAGAUGGACUGAGGGACUCACUCUGUCUAAGGCAGCUUUUUCACUGCCCUACAGUUACACAAAUUGGGAAGUAACACAGCGUAUUCUGCCACCUUGUUCUGCUGCUUGUUUAGACCCAACCUGAGAUGAAGCAAAGUGUGAGACUGAGCUAAGCUGUUUAAAGUGUGGUGUUUAUGAGACUGCCUGCACUUUAUAUACAACCCUUCUCUGUCUUCCCCCGCCCUUCUUGCCAUUCACAAGGUUGCAGCUGUCUCCCACCUUGUGGGGGAAAUGAUGUGAUCUUGCAUAAAGUUUAUUUUGACAUAA